GAGACUCCACACCUAGAGACCUGCACACUCCUGGAGAUCUACACCUAGAGACUCCACACCCUGAGACCCACACCUGGAGACCCACACCUGGAGACCCUACACCCAGAGACCCACACCUGGAGACCUACACUCUGAGAAAGACCUACACUUCUGAGACUCCACACCUGGAGACCACACCUGGAGACCUACACCUGGAAGAUCCCACAUCUGGGAGACCCACACCCAGAGACCUUCAGUUGGAGACCUACACUGGAGACCUACACCUAGAGACCUACAUCUGGAGAGCCACACCUGAGACUCCACACCGGGAACCUACACCUGGAGACCUACACCGGGAGUCCCACACUCCAGAGACCCACACCUGGAGACCCACACCCAGAGACCCACACCUGAGACCCACACCGAGUCCUACACCCAGAGACCCACACCUGGAGACCUAUGCACCGAGUCCCACACCUGACUACAUCUGGCCUACACCUAGAGACCCACAUCUGGAGACCCACACCAGAGACCCACAUCUGAGACCUACACCUAGAGACCCACACCUGGAGACCUACACCGGGAGUCCCACACCUAGAGACCUACAUCUGGAGACCCACACCUGGAGACCCACACCGGGGAGACCUACACCCAGAGAGCCCACACCUGAGACCCACACUGGACCCUACAUCUGGAGACCCACACCUGAGACCUACAUCUGGAGACCUACACCUAGAGACCUACACCUGAGACCUACACCGAGUCCUACACCCAGAGACCUACAUCUGAGACCUACACCUAGAGACCUACACUGGGAGACCUACACCAGAGACCUACAACUGAGACCUACACCGGGAGUCCUACACCAGAGACCUACAUCUGGAGACUCACACCUGAGACCUACAUCUGGAGACUCCAUAUUCUAG